AGGAGGAUACGUUGUUGAGUACCGAUUCCAGCGUCUGCAGCAAUUUGCUCCCAAAGAGGGGAGAUCCACGUCCUAUACCUUGCCCAGACUCCUGCACCUCUCAGGCACUGAUGCAAAAUUUGAUGGAUGUCCCUCUUGUAGUGCAGUGUAUUGAGCAGAAUUCAGACAGCAACACAGAAAAUGGCAUCUUUGAUGAACCUUCUGGGGGUUCCACUGGCCUCGAUUGAGCUCACUGGGACAACAGUUUCUGUUGGACUAUUUGUGCUCUUCCUUUGUCUUCUGUGCUGGUACUCAGUGGCACCAUACUCUCAGUUGGAAAGGCUUGGAAUCACGCACCCAAAGCCAUUUCCUUUCGUAGGCAACAUGUUUCUCUUCCAACAGGGCUUUUUCGAGGGCCUACAGGAGUUGGUCGAAAAGUAUGGCCGAGUUUGUGGUUACUAUUUUGGCCGUCGGGCAACUAUUGUAAUUGCUGACCCUGAAAUGCUGAAACAGAUUCUGGUGAAGGACUUCGGAAACUUUGUUAACAGAAUGAACGCAUCUCUUGUCAGCAAGCCACUGAGUGACAGCCUUUUGUUUCUACAAGAUGGAGAUUGGAAAAAUGUCCGCAGUAUCUUGACACCAACUUUCAGCAGUGCAAAGAUGAAAGAGAUGUGCCCAUUAAUUAACCAGGCUGCUGACACACUGUUGGAAAAUCUGAAGACUCACGCAGACUCCGACGAGGGUUUUGAUGUCCACCGGUACUAUGGCUGCUUUUCCAUGGAUGUUGUUGCCAGUGUUGCAUUUGGCACACAGGUAGACUCCCAGAAGAAUCCAGAUGAUCCAUUUGUCAAGCAUGCAAAAAUGAUCUUUAAUGUAAAUUUCUUCAAACCACUUAUUUUCCUCAGCAUAAUGUUCCCCUCCAUUAUGAUGCCUUUUCGCCGUAUGAUGCCCCAAACAUCCAUGAGCAAGGUGAAUGCCUUCUUUAUCAAAGCGAUUCAAGAUAUUAUAGCUCAGAGGGAUCAGCAGCCUACUGAUCAGAAACGCAGAGAUUUCCUGCAGCUCAUGCUUGAUGCCCGCAUAUCCACUGAUUACACGACCAUGGAGAAGUUCGAUGUUACCAGUUCUGGAGGUGAAAUCGAGGAGUCUCCCGAGACACAGAAUGCAAAGGACAUGGCCAAGUCAAGCCCAGGCAGAAUCCAGAAGAAGAUCCUUAGUCUAAAUAAAAUCUUGGCACAGGCGUUCAUUUUCUUUGCAGCAGGAUAUGAAACCACCAGCAGUACUCUGUCCUUUGUUUCUUACCUGCUUGCCACCCAUCCUGAGAGCCAGGAGUUGCUGCUAAAGGAAGUGGAUGAAUUCCUUGAGUCUCACAUCAUUCCCGAUUAUAACAAUGUGCAGAACUUAACCUACUUGGACAUGGUGAUCUCAGAGUCUCUACGCAUGUACCCACCCGGAGUCAGGUUUGGUCGCAUAUGUGGAAAAAACUGUUUGGUGAAUGGGCAAUUUAUUCCUGCGGGGAUAACUGUCGAAGUUCCAGUUGGUGUCCUCCACUAUGACCCCAAAUACUGGCCAGAACCAGAGAAAUUUAAACCAGAGAGAUUCACUCCAGAGCUGAAAGCAGAGCGCCAUCCUUUUGUAUACCUGCCUUUUGGCGCUGGACCCAGAAGCUGUAUCGGGAUGAGACUGGCGCUCUUGGAAGCCAAGAUUGUACUAGUGCGGAUUCUGUCGAAGUAUAGUUUCCAGACCAGCCCCGAAACACAGGUUCCACUGCGCAUAAAAUCGUUGGGCACCCUUGGACCGAAAGAGGGAGUGAUCCUUAAGAUUGUGCCGAGGAAAUGUUAAACCCAUGGGUGCACCUGAUUAUCUCAACAUAAUCUACGAAUCUGACAGAUGAUCAGAACUUUGAAAUGAUUAACCAUUGUGUGAGGGUAGCCUCUAACAGAUGUUCGGAGCCUGAAUGUGGAUGGGAGGUGUUAAGUGCUCCUGAUAAUGAAGUGGUAACUUGCGUAAUCUUCAGCUAACACGGUUAGAUCCAUAAAAUAAUGCUCACCCCUAUUAGUGGAAUCGCAGUGAUUAAAGGCUAAUAUAGAAAAAAAAGCAGAUUGGAUAAAAUAUUGUAAAAUGCUAAAAAUAAUCAUGAAUGUUCAAUGUGAUUACCUGACUUUAAAUAAAUCUGUUUUCUCUGUA